UGAUGUGUAAUGGCUUUGAUCGGAAAGUUAAAAACCAAAGAGUCCCGAUUUAAAAGUUUGGAGGACAAGGCGCAGAAGAACGGCCUCUACCACGCAAUCUACAGUCCCAACGGGGACAGUUACACCGGAGAGUGGCUGAGUGACCUGAGACACGGCUACGGGACUCAGGUGUGGAAGAGAGACGGAGUCCGGUACGAGGGCGAGUGGAAGCGGGACGGGCGGGACGGAUUCGGGACUCUGUACAGACGCCAGCCGCCGACUCAGAUGUAUUCCAAAGUGUAUUUCGGGGGAUGGAGGGACGACAAGAAGGACGGGUUCGGGACCUACUUCUACAGCGACGCGGCGCGGUAUGAGGGCAUGUGGGUGCAGAACGAGAGGAGCGAAUUCGGGAAGAUGAUGUAUGAGAACGGAGACGUUUAUGAAGGAGAGUGGUUCAGGGAUAAACCUCACGGCCAGGGCGUGCUCGUGCUCAGGAACGGGAACAGGUACGAGGGCUACAUGAAGGACGGGAAGAAACACGGACACGGACGCUUCAUCUACAAGGACAAGUGUCAGGUGUACGAGGGCUUCUGGGAGAACGAUUUCCCCACGAGUGGGACGAUGUCUGAUGUCGAUCACGCGAAGCCUGUAGAAACACCGGAGCAGAAGACACCGUUAGACCUGCAGGACACUGAAGCACUGCUGAUGCACCGACUCGGCCGAUUCCUUCCGAGUGAAAAAUGA